CACUUCCAGUUUCUCGUUGUUUACUUCCUAUGGCCCGAAUAGCACCAUGAAUUGAUUAAACGGAUUCUGCUAUUACCAGGGAUGUUAACCGAAAAAUUGCUGGCAAAAAAUCCAAUAAUGGAAACUGAAUCCAGUAGAGGCUCUGUUGAUGCUGACUUCACUGCAAGAGACUAUCAGGUGGAGCUAUUUCAAGCAGCCUUAGAUGAAAAUAUAAUCGUUUACCUACCUACCGGUUCCGGGAAAACAUUUAUAGCAGCCCUUUUGAUUAAGGAGAAAACCCAUGAAGUCACAAAACCAUUGGAUUUGGGUGGAAAAAGAACCGUUUUUCUUGUACCUACAAUUGUGUUGGCUAUUCAACAGGCAGCCUACUUGCGCCGUCACACGUAUUUGAAAGUGAAAGAAUUCUAUGGAAGUAUGGGUGUCGACAUUUGGGGAAAAGACAGGUGGAAAACAGAAUUCGAGGAGAAUCACGUCCUAGUCAUGACGGCUCAAAUUUUUGUGGAUAUUUUGAACCAUGCUUUCUUUUCAGCAUACCAACUUAACUUAUUGGUAUUCGACGAGUGCCACGCUGCUGUGAAAGAUGCGCCCAUGAAACAAGUCCUUUCGAAACUAAGAAGCUGUGAAAGUUCGCGCCGACCCAAAAUUCUUGGUUUGACAGCAGCGCUUUUUAGGAUGCGAUGCAAACCUCAAAAGGUGCCUGACGUUAUUCGUCAGCUCUCUGAAUCAAUGGGGUGCAUCGUCAAAAUUCCAUCGAGUGUAGAAACGGUCUAUCGGUCUUCCACGAAGCCUUGCGAAAUCGUCUUUCAAUACGAUGACGAACAAAGCAAACAGAAUCCAGAUUCGCUAACAUUGAGCGCUAUCAUCCUUGAUAUGGUGUUUAAACUUGUGAAAGAAUUCCGAAACUCAUAUGGUGAAUUCAUUUCCAAAGAUGAAUCUGAUGUCGCAAAACAUCCAGACAAGAUCGAUAUAUUGUUGGAUACACUUAAAGACAUAGAUUAUCUCCUGAGAGCCCUAGGACCAUAUGGUGCCUAUCAUUGCGCACAUUUAUAUAUUCACAUCUUACAACGAGCUAAGAGUCGUGUCAAAGUUCCGCAGUUUUUGACGGAUUUGAACAAGGUUACUGCGCUUUGCCAGGAAAUUAAGGAAAUCUGUACUGCGUAUUUCGCCAAAUUCUCGCCAAAAGACCGCCUAUUACUAUUUACGCAACCCAAAGUCAUUCGCCUUUUGGAUAUUAUCCGAAAAUUUAAUUCCGAAAAGAGCCCCGACAAACAUCAAAGAGGAAAUCUGAAGAUGUGUGCCAUAGUUUUUGUCGAACGAAGGUGCAUGGCCAAUGUACUUUACCACUUCUUGAAGGAUAUUGCCAAACACGACGAGACCUUGAAAUUUAUGAAGCCAUUAUUCAUUAUGGGUCAGGCAUCAGGUCGAAAUCCGUCGCUGAAAGAAACUAAAAUUCUCAACAUGAAACAAAACGAGAUUAUGACAAAUUUUCGCGAAGGUCGUUGUAAUCUGAUAGUGGCAACCUCUGUGCUGGAAGAAGGUGUCGACAUUCCUGCCUGCAACUUAAUUAUAAGAUUCGAUCGCAUUAAGACCUACUGCGAUUACGUUCAGACUAAAGGCCGGGCAAGAAGCAGGAAAGCCUUUUAUUGUUUGUUGGUGAGCCCUAGUGAAACGGAUAGCUGCCUGGAGGAUUUGGCACAGUUCCACAGCAUUGAACAGCAGCUAUUGGCUAUCGGGAAUGUUGAAGAUGAUCGAGAUAGUCUUAUAGACAACCUGUUUUACCAAAUCAUUCCACCCUACGUUCCCUACGGUGAAGAUGGACCCCGAAUUACUUUGCCGAGUAGUAUAUCGCUUGUCAACAGGUAUUGUGGCCAACUCUCGUCAGAUCCAGAUGUCCUUUUGGCCCCCAAAGUGACAACCACUAAAGUUGAUGAAAACGAAGCCGACCCCGCUCACGUAAAAAAUAUCAAAGAAAUUCUGAAAAAAUUACCUAAGGGUAAUCGUGGAUCUUCGCCGACGGAGGCAGUUUCGAUUGGCGAUUUGUUCCAGUGUCGUCUAAUUCUUCCGCUAAACUCACCCUUGAGAGAAGAGAUAAUUGGAGAUGUGAUGCCAACUAAACGUCUGGCCAAAAGAGCAGUUGCUUUAAAAGCAUGCAUUAUGCUUCACGAACUGAAAGAGCUGGAUGACGUUCAUCUCUUUCCUAUUCCACGACUGAUUCCCGAAGAAGAAGAUGAAGAGUUACCAGUUGAAGAUAAUGCCAAUGUCCCUCAACAGGGCCACGAAAACGUCACGAUUUGCAACCGUCGCUUUCCUGCUUGUUUUUCGAAUUGCCGACCUAUUCCUGGACAACCCAACUUUGUUUAUUUGAUAGAUUUCAUGCUGAUGAAGCCAUGCCUUGAUCUGAACAAACUAUUUUUCCCAUUCGCCGUGGACACAAAGUUAGCCAUUUUGACGUCACAAGUCAUACCUGCAAUUUGCCCGUUUCCUUUGGUAACGCGAUCCGGGGAAUUCCAAGUCAAUCUGUGCGGAGUAGAUUCGGUCAUCCUCGACGAUAGUCAGCUAGAAAAGCUCGAAAAAUUUCAUCAGUUUAUCUUCCAAGACGUGAUUUUCUUGUGGAAGCGCCAACUAGAUUUCGACCUACAGGCCUCUGAUUUGCAGUACCUCAUUGUUCCUGUGCAAAGUGAAAACGAAAAACUGGACUUUGUUCUCAUCGAAAAAAUGAUCAAUGCCCCAACCGUUGAGUGGGAAAAACUGCCACUUUUCAUGGGUAAUAAGUUUUCAUUCGAGCCCAACGAGUAUGUCGACGCAGUUAUCGUCCCGUCCUAUAAGCCGCUGGGGACAUUGAACACCUUCUACGUCGAUGGUGUUUCAGACUUGACACCACUCUCUGCGUUCCCAGAUAAAGAGAAUGAAACUUACGCAUCUUAUUUUUUCAAAAAGUACAAUCUGAGGUUGACUAAUGAAAAUCAGCAGCUCGUGCAAGUUAGCCGUGAGAUAACGGGAAAGAAUUUCCUUGUCCCGAGAUUGGCUUCGACGAAGAAAGAAAUUCCGAUGCAUCUUGUGCCUGAACUUUGCAAUAUUCAUCCGCUGCCCGGACCUGUUUGGAAACAGGUGGUAUGGAUCCCAUCCGUUCUCCAUCGCCUUAAUGGGAUGCUGGUGGCCGAAGAACUUCGCGUCUUAAUUUUUAAAGAAGCCAACUUGGGAAUAGAUUUCUUACCCGGCUCAGUCAACGUUUCCUCGGUCUGGUGUCCGUUGAAACUUCAUCCGCCCAAAUCUCGUUUGGAAAGCCAGUCCGUUUCGCAUCCAAUGCCUUUAACAAACUCAUUGAAAACGUCGGCAUCCGUGGAUUCGCUAGAUCUCGGGGUAAAUAUGAUUUGGCAUCUUGAAUAUGACGACACCGAGAAGGAUCUCUUGCCAACGGAUUCUGCCGCCGACCAAACUAGCCCGUCGUCAUCGAUUGCGGAAGAGAAAACGGACGCUUCAAGUUCCCAACUCCUCGACAAGAUGCCAGCACUAGACGAAUUCCCUACAUUCCUAGAAUUCCCUUGUUCGAUUGAAGACCAAAAAAGGAAAUGGGCUGAUCUGGCUUCUGAGGAUCCAUUGGAAAGCCAACCGAAUUGUAUACCGGAAAUGGUUGAUUUGAAAUUUGAUGUUGGCAAUCCCAGCACGCUGUCAGUUUUCGGGCCUUCACCGGGCAUAGUGUUAGAGGCACUUACCCUUGCUAAGGCGCAUGAUGGGUACGAUAUGGAGCGCUUGGAAACAAUCGGCGACUCAAUUCUAAAACUGAUCAUAUCCAUUUAUGUGUACGGAGAGGCGAGCAAUAGUAGAUGUGACGAAGGCCGGCUCACUCUGAUGCGGAUGCGUCAAAUUAGCAACAAACAUCUGUUUCAUUUGGGCCAGAAAAAAGGCAUCGGAGAAUUUACCGCAGCUCAAAGGUUUGACCUCAUGUUGAAUUUUCGUCCGCCUGGUUUCAAACCACCCGUUGCUGAUCACGAACCAAAUUUACAUGUCCAACAAUUUGUGCAGAAGAAGAACGUAGCAGAUAGCAUGGAAGCUUUAAUUGGUGUUUAUUUGCUCACUACUGGCAUCAAGGGUGCCAUCAAGCUCAUGAAUUGGAUGGGGUUGAAGACUGUCCCGAACACCGAUAUUAUGGCUUUUAAUCCAAACAAUGGAUUCCCCGUGCUUUCUACUUGUCUUCCAUCAUCUACCUUAGAUGAAACUCAAAACGAAGAACAAGAACACGCGUUGAUGCACCUCUACACCGGUUUAGAGUCUUUCGAAAAGCGCCUUCGUUACACGUUCAAAAACAAAGCUCUAUUGGUAGAAGCCUUGACUCACGCAUCCUACCUUCCCAACCGCAUUACGAAUUGCUACCAAAGGCUGGAAUUCCUCGGAGAUGCAGUGCUAGAUUACCUGGUAACGCGGUUUUAUUUCGACAAUCCUUGCCAAUACAGCCCAGCCAUUUUGACUGACCUUCGUUCAGCUGUCGUGAACAACGAAACGUUUGCUAUAAUAGCAGUCAAGAAUCGUUUUCACCUGUACCUCAAACACCUUUCGUUAAGUUUGAAUGCAAUUUUAGAUCGUUUUAUUCGAGCCCAAGAAGAGAACGGACAUCUAUUUAUGCACAACUAUUUUGUUCUUGAAGAAACCAGUGACCCAAAUGAGCAACUGGCUAGCAAUGUUGACGUCCCUAAAGUAUUAGGUGAUAUCUUCGAAUCAGUAGCCGGAGCUAUAUUUCUAGAUUCAGGCAUGUCGCUUGAUGCGGUGUGGCAGUCAUAUCUACCUUUUCUACACGACGCAUUGGAAAACUUCAAUGAAUCAAUCCCGGUGUCUGCCUUACGCAAACUCUAUGAACGCCAUCCUAAUGGUUUGAAAAUCAGAAAAUCCGAAUGUCUUCCUGAUGGCAGAAUAUGCGUGGCAAUCGAGAUCGAAGGUACACGUCUUUUUAAGGGUGCUGGCGGCAACUCGAAAACAGCUAAAAGCGCUGCAGCGAAAUAUGCGCUUAGCGUACUUAACAACCAAACAGGGUAGUCUUUUUCUAUGGCUUUAUUUUUGUUUGCCUAAACAAAGCUCAAGAGGAUGAUUCUUAUGUAUGCUUGAUAGUAUUUUAACUUUGCUCCUGAUUUUUAUACGAGUUGCUUAUUUUAAUUAUUUUCUUUUUUUAUACUAAACUUAAAUAUGCUAUGUUGAAUUUUCAUGCAAUAAAAAAAAAUACUAGCAUGUGAACUUUAUUAAAAAAUCCCUACCGGUUACGAUCAUAAUAAAAAUAAUGUUUCUCAGGCUUGCGCGUUAAAAAGUCCAAUAAAUUUAACUGUUACUCUGCAUAACUGCACGCUCGGUCGCCUAUUCAAAUACGAGGUGAUCUCUGACUUGUCUGGCUGACGUGUGAUGGCUGAACAGCGAGACGUACCCUAUGACCCUGCCAAAAACUUUUAAUGCGAAUUCUAUUCGUUGUAGGUGUUGACAGGUAAGCAUUCUGACGUCAGUCGGGGUUGGUCAGAAACCUAAUUAAGUUUACGGUUGGGGAACUGAAAAUAGCACUCUUUGGUAAAAUACAAACCUGAGAACGAUUGCCUUCUGAUGGUAUCACCAUGUUGUUGAAUGUUAUUGGCAACAGUUUGAUGCAAGUCUUGCGUGGUGCAUCACAAACCAAUCAUUACGAACAAAGUAAAUCAAGAAGUUGUAUUACAGGAAGUAAUAUAAAGGCAUAAAGUCAAAAUAUACAGGUGUGAAAAUUGAUGAAAAACAAAAAAAAAGGUAGGAAUUGAAGUGCAACGGUGGUAACCAGAAGCAAAAACAUUGUGCAUCGUGAUACCGAAUUCGCCGCUUGCUAAACUACUCGAUCGUGAUCAAAUUGUUUGAUCCGGCACUAUUAAUAAUAAAUCAUCCUAGAAUAUACCUUUAAUAACAUAUGGGUGCAUUGUCAACAUUUCCAAAUGCCUCUUUAAUUGUUCUCUUUUUUCUCUGAAAUGCUCAAGAUUACUGUAAAACGUGGUUGCAUUGAAGCAGCUGCAGUACUCUGUUUUUCUAUAGGAAGACCAAAAUGAUAAAGGACCACCCGCGUGUUUUAAAUGUUAUCUUCAUCUAUGCGAAGUCUAACAAUAAAUGUGGAUUACCAGUUAAAAUGUUGGGAAAAUGAAUAAAUAAAGGGAACAAAAAAAAUAAUAAAAAUAAA